AUGUCGUUUGAUAACAGCUGCCAAGAUCCGAUUAUUCCACCGAGCAAAAAUAUUCUGCAUGGAGGUCUCACGGUAUUCACAGCCGCUAUAUUUAUCACUGGUGAAAUGGCUGGCACUGGUCUCCUAGCAUUACCUAAAGCUAUGAACCAAGCAGGAUGGUAUGGACUGAUCUCAACAUUUGUUCUAUGUUUUCUCUCCGGUUACUGUGGAAUAAAAUUAGGCGAUUGUUGGACAAUGUUAAGAGAACGAAAUCCGGUGUUUUGCGAAGAGGGCAGUCGGUCGCCAUUUCAAGUUAUUGCCACUGAAGGCGCCGGUCGAAUUGGAAAAUAUGUGCUAAUAUUUUUUUUAUUGUUACCUGUAGCAUUGACCAAGACAUAUCUGAAUAAGCAAGCAGGCGUAGUGUUUCUACUUCUAGCAGCACAAAAUCUACAGAGUCUGUUCGAUGCAAUUCAUGCGCAUCUUCCUGUAUGUGUUUGGAUCAUCAUUGUCGCUGCUGCUCUUCUUGGGCCAUGUUGGCUCGGUACACCGAAAGACAGUUGGCCAAUUGCCAUUGGUGCUAUGGUCUGCACAGCGAUUGCUUGUGUAUUCAUCACAAUCAGUGCUCUUAUCCAUUAUGGUCACAAAGACAAAAGUGAACCAGGUCCAAUUACAUUCAAAAGCUUUUCAUUUUCCAUGGGAACUAUGUUUUUUGCGUGGGGUGGCUCGGCAAUGUUCCCUACCAUUCAAGUUGAUAUGCGCCAACCACACCGUUUCCAUCAAGCUGUGAUCAUCUCUUACAUCAUUCUUUUGGUCUUUUAUCUCCCGGUAUCAAUUAUCGGAUAUGUCGUCUAUGGUGCAGAAGUUAAAGAUAACGUUUUAACAAAUUUACCCGAAAAUUUCCUUCGUUAUUUCGUCGAAAUCUUGAUCACUGGCCAUUUAGCGACGGCAUUUACCAUUGUGUUGAAUCCAAUCUUUCAAGGCUUCGAAGAACUUACACGUGUACCAAAACAUUUCUGUUGGCAACGCGCUGCUCUGCGCAGUGGUGUUGUUAUAUUUUUAGCAUUUAUGGCAGAAACGAUCCCACAUUUCGGUGCAAUCCUUUCAUUUAUCGGUAGUUCGACUGUAUCUAUUCUUGGUUUCAUUUUACCGGUAGUUUGCUAUAUUAUGAUCAAAGUGCAAUCGACACAAUUAGUUGACGAACGAUUUUUUGACACUGUUCUUAGAGUUUUACCCAAAUGGGAUAUUGCUUUAUUAAUUCUUUCAUUAGCUGUUGGACUUUUCGGUGCUUUAGCUUCGUCCUAUUCGUCAUUUUCUGAUUUAGUCAAUCCACAGUCAUAUGUCAAGCCAUGUUGGCUUGAUCCUUCAUCGGCAGAUCCGAUACCAGAGAAUAAAACACUCCUAUGGGGCUAUUAA